AACGAACAUUCUAGGAGUUUCACGCUUUAGAACACUUCUGGCAUUCUCUGUCUAUCGUUACAUCGUGUGAAAUCUUUUGGCUUUGUGGUAGGCAAGAAUUAAAAGGGUUUAUCCCUAAUCCACUCUUUUCUGUUCUUCUCUCUAAACACCGAGUUCUUUCUCUCUUUCUCUUUCUCUUAUCCAUGGCAUCCACAUUUGUCACUUUGCCAACCCCCUUCCUACACAGAACCACUUCAUUCUCUUCCUCCAACAACACAUUCCCAGUUUUGAAAAGGCACUCUUUCAAAGUCAAUGCACUAGUUUCCAACAAAUGGGAACCAACUAAGGUUGUGCCUCAGGCUGAUAGAGUCCUUAUUCGUUUGGAGGCACUACCAGAUAAAACUACUGGUGGAGUUUUGUUGCCCAAGUCCGCUGUUAAAUUCGAGCGAUAUCUGAUGGGAGAAAUCCUCUCUGUUGGUGCUGAGGCAGGAGAAGAAGUAAAAGCUGGAUCAAAGGUUUUGUUUACUGACAUGAAUGCUUAUGAGGUUGAUUUGGGGACUGACGAAAAGCACUGCUUCUGUAAAGCAAGCGACCUGUUGGCCGUGGUUGAGUAGCUUACUACGAAGGAGCAACCUUCCGCCAUAAUAUUUAUGGGAAAUGUAUUGCCUAGAAUGGUUUAACUUUUCAAAUUCUUAGUUGUUAAAUUUUGUUAUUUAUAAUAAUUUGCAGUGAUGAUUUGACUAGGGGCAUUUUUUGAGAGUAAAAAAUAAAAAUUUUUAAUAAUGAAUGCCUUUGGUGCCCGGUAUUGGUUGGAGUUAACA